UCAGUUCCGGAAAAGUUUUGUCAUCACUAAAUUGUUCUUAAAUUCGUAACCCGUCAAAAUAGAACUGAAUGAAUGUUUUAUUUAAUCGUUAGCAGUACGUAUAGUAACAAAUAUUUAGUGUGAUCCUUACUGCGGAUCGUCUCUGUGUGGCCCAGCCGCGUCAAAUUCGUUUUGCUCGUUAAAUGGUAUUCAAAUAUAACAAUCAGCAGAACCGGGCAAUGCAGCAAAAUCAGAGCCAGCAGCACUCUCACAAUGCUCGUGCCGCAGCUGCUCCGUACAGAAAACCUUUUCGUGGGGCACCAGUGGCCGGGAGCAAAGCCAAUCAAAUGAUGUACUCAUCGUGCCAGAUGCCCAGCGACCCACUAUACAUAGACUUCAACAGACCCACGACCGUACCACCGACCAAGUCUGCAGCCGGGUCGGCAACCCAGAGCCAGGCCCACGUCCUUACCGUUCCGGCUGCCAGGCACCAGGGUACUGCCAGUCCGGCGGCCAAGCCCCAAGUCACUGCCUGUUCGACAGGCCCGCUCAAGACCAAUGCCAAUCCUGCCCAGUCUACCGCCUGGGAGAUGGCCAGGAAGAAGCCGCUCAAGAGUAAACAGCAGCCCAAGGGCAAGCACCAGCUGCCGCUGCAGCAAGCGUUCUCAGGACAUUUGAGCGGGAAUGUACACGCAAAUGGAAAUAGCGAGGGCGUCCACAAGUGGCCUCCUAAGCAGCGCUUUCAUCCCCAAAAUCGCUUUAACGGUGGUGGCUUUAACAGGCCUCCACCGAGCCAUGCUUGUCCACAUCACAUGAUGCCCGUCAUGGGACCAAUGGGACCGGGCCCACGACCACGCUGCGGAAGGCCAAUGCCAAUGGCGCCCUUUCCACCGAUGCCUUAUCCACCACAGAUGGUGCCGCCCAUGGCCAUGCGUUGCCCCAUGCCACCGAUGGGUGGUCCACCGCCACCGCCUCACUUCAUGCGCCACAACGGUCGCGGCGCUCCAAUGCACAUGAUGGGCGGUCCACCCAUGCACUUGAUGGGUCCUCGCAUGCCGCCGCGUGGAAUGCCGCCCGGGGGACCCUUUGGCGUUGGAAUGAACAUGAAUGGCGGCCCAAACGGGGGCAGGAUCAAGAAACCGAAUCCGGUGCUGAUCAAGCAGGUGGUCAAGGGAAAGAGCACCAUCAAAACGCUUAAGAAUAUGGUGAAUCAGUACCCGCUGGACAAGCCUUGGGUGACGGAGCAGAUUCGCGGGGAGCACGACAAGAAGGUGGACAUCGAAAACCGUCUGAAGGGCAACAAGGACGAUGAGCUAUUUGCCCAGUUUAAGGUGCAGCGCGAUAAGUUCGUGGAACUGUACGAGGGGGCGCGCGAAAACUAUCUGAAGCAGGAGGCAGCCUCUGUUAUGGCCAAGGAUGCUAAACCAGACAAAGACAAAGAAAAAAACACAACUCAGAAUGCCGCCCAAGAUGCAGCGACUCCAAGUCCGUAGGCAGACCAAUUAAUGCGCAACGAAACGACCGAAGAUCCAAUCAAACAUACAGCAACAGCGACAACAAUGAGAAGUACAAGAAGUCUGAAAAAUGAAUUAAAAACUAGCCCGAAAAUAAACACGAAAACAGUGAUCAUGUGCCAGAGCUGCACCAGAGAACAGAGAAACAAAAACUGAUCUUACGAAAGCUGCAUGCACCGAAAUGAUGAUACCCUACCCUGCCCUGGCCUGUCCAAUGCUGUUGACUGUCGGGUCUCGUCACAAUAAGUUUUUGAUUGCGUCAAUGUAGUCGCACUAUACACAAACAGAUAUAUACAUACAUACAUUAAAGCAUACAUGUAUGGCAUCUACGAGUAUAGCCAGCCAUAUUUAUGAUUCUUAUUCCCCUCCCGAGAGCUUGCUGCUGAUCGCGUGGAGCGAAAGAAAUGAAAUAGCGAUAGAAGACC